AGAAAAGACAUCCGGGCAUUCGUUGGAAAAGAGAAAGGAAAAUGGCUGCUUCGAACGAAUCGGGAACGGGUGACUCGACAACCUCGACCAGCAAGGAGCCCGAUGAUAGACUUAAGAAGCUCUAUCCGGCUGUAAACGAAGAAGAAACGCCUUUGCCUCGUUCUUGGAGUGCUAAGGAUAAAUUUAAUUACCUUGGUCUCUCUCAAAACAACCUCAGAGUUCACUACAAAGGUGUAGGAAAGACACACAAAGAUGCGGCAAGUGUACGUGCCACUCAUCCUAUACCCACAGCUUGUGGAAUAUAUUACUUUGAAGUUAAAAUCAUAAGCAAAGGCAGAGAUGGGUAUAUGGGUAUUGGUCUAGCUGCACAGGGUGUAAAUCAAAACAGACUCCCAGGCUGGGAUAAACAGUCAUACGGUUACCAUGGAGAUGAUGGUAAUUCUUUCUGUUCAUCUGGUCAAGGGGAGCCGUAUGGUCCUACAUUUUCUACAGGAGAUGUGAUUGGUUGCUGUGUUAAUCUUAUAGAUAAUACAUGCUUCUAUACGAAGAAUGGUGUCCAUCUUGGAAUAGCAUUUACAGAUUUACCUCAUGGUCUAUACCCAACAGUUGGUCUACAGACACCCGGGGAAGUUGUAGAGGCUAACUUUGGACACACCCCUUUUGUUUAUGAUAUUGAUGACUAUAUGAAGGAAUGGAAGAUGAAGACAAGGUUGACUAUUGAAAGAUUUCCUGUCAAUGAUAAGAAAGGAGAAUGGCAGACUGCAUUACAGAGUAUUGUCUCAACAUACCUGGUUCACCAUGGUUACUGUGCCACUGCUGAAGCUUUCGCCAAAUCUACAGGCCAACAAAUAGAUGAAGAAAUAGCUUCCAUUAAAAACAGACAAAGAAUAUCAAAGUUAGUAUUAGCAGGACGUAUGGGCGAAGCUAUAGAAACUACACAACAAUUGUAUCCCGGUUUACUGGAACGGAACACCAAUUUAUUAUUCAUGCUGAAAUGUAGACAGUUUAUUGAAAUGGUGAACGGUUCUGACAGUGAGGUACGAGGUGCGGCACUACGGAGUCCUAGAUCUCAGCACGGGGGUAGUAACCGCUCUAGUCCAUCUCGCAGCCCAAUCCAUCACACACACCCGUCCAGGGUCAAUCCGCUGGGCGGGGGAACUAACUCAGGGAACAGUAGUCCAAACAGAACAAAAACUCUUAAAUCACACUCAAACUUUCAGACUCAUUCUCAAACUUCCAAUUCUAGCCCUGCCCUAAAUCCCGCCCUAAACCCCGCCCAUACAAACAGUGUAACCAAUAGCAACAGUUCAAAUAACCAGUCAGACUUGAAAACUAUAUCGGAGGAAAAUAUGAACACUGUUAAUUCAGCCAAUUCCAAUUCAAACAGUGUUACUUUAAAUGGAUCGGACACGAGAUUUAUUGAGGAUAUAGAAAUGUUGGAUGGAGUGAUAGAAGAGGAAGCUAACGGUGUUGUAACGAAUGGUAAUUCUGCUAAUGGACAAUACAUGAAUGGAAACAGUUGUCAGCCUGACAAACAUGAUGAUAUGGAAAUUGACCCACCAUCUCAGAAGCGUCAACUAUGUGGAGGGUCUCAGGUAGCCAUAGAAAAAAUGUUGCAAUUUGGUAGAGAAUUACAGUCCAUGAGCAUACGAUUGAGAAAAGAGUUUGGCAAAAAUGAAGGCAACAAAAAGCAAUUACAGGAUGCAUUUAGUUUACUAGCAUACUCUGAUCCUUGGACAAGUCCAGUAGGUGCUCAAUUAGAGCCUGUACAGAGAGAACCUGUAUGUGCGGCCUUAAAUAGUGCCAUUCUAGAGUCAUAUGCUUUACCUAACAAGCCUCCACUUGAACUUGUGAUAUCCCAGACAACAGAAUGUAUGAAACUGAUGUCUAAAGCCGGCAUUGCCUCCAGUGCCUUCUCCAGCACACAAGACUAUCUCCAUUGACAACAGCAUACUAAUAAAUUUGAGCCGCAUCACAACAAAACCAACAUAGUCCAUUUGCGACCAGCAUGGAUCCAGACCAGCCUGCGCAUCCGCUCGGUCUGAUCAGGAUCCAUGCUGUUCGCUUACCAACCCUUUUACAAGUAGAAAAACAGAUAGCUUACACCAUGGGUCUGGAUCCAUGCUGGUCGCAAACGCAUUAUGUUGGUUUUGGCGUUAGGCGGCUCAUAUAUUACUUUAGCAUCUCAUGGAAUAUUUGACUUAAUUAUGGGAUACAUGGACACCUCAUGGAAUAUAUGAGUUUUAUUAUGGAAUAUAAGGGUAUCUCAUAGAAAUAUAUGAGUAUUUUCCAUUGAGAAAAAACAUAAUAGAAUAUGACUUGACUAUCUCAUGGAAUUAAUAUGAGUUUCUAUUGGAAUAUAUGAGUUUAUUUUGGGAUGUAAGGGUAUCUCCUGAACUAUAUGAGUAUCUCAUGGAAUAGAUAUAAGUUUCUAUUGGAAUAUAUGAAUAUUUACAUUAACAGCAUAUAUGUAUAUUACUUUAAGCACCCCAUUGAAUAAGUGAAUAUCUGAUGCAAUAGUGUAGUUUUUCAUGGAGUUAUUGAACAUUUUUAUAGCAAAAACUUUUAUUUAUUUUUCCAUCUUCUGGAAUAAAUAUUUUGAGUAUCUCAUGGAAUAUUCAAGAAGAAUCUUGUGGAAUUCCUGAUAUUAGCAGUUUCUCACCAGAGUAUUUGAAUAUCUGGUAAAGUUAUUGGAAUAUUUGAAUGUAUUAUUUGAAUAUGUUAUUGGAAUAUUUGAUAAUGUUAUUGGAAUAUUCAAAUAUAUUGUUUGAAUAUAUAAUUUGAAUAUCUGAAAGUGGUAUUGGAAAAUUGGAAUGCAUUAUUUAAACUUGUUAUUGGAAUAUUUGAAUGUAUUGUUAUAAUAUGUGAUUGAAAUAUCUGAUACUGUUACUAGAGUAUUUGAUUAUGUUAUUGGAAUAUUUCAUAAGGUUAACAGAACAUUUGAUAUGUUUUUAAAAUAUUUCAGCAUAUGUUAGGAAUAUUUCAGCAGUUUAUUUGAAUAUUUGAGAAUUUUAGAUGAAUAUUUUACCUUUUCUAGGAUAUUUGAGCAUUUCAUUCUUAUGGGCUAAAAUCCUAUUUCCAUGAGUGAACAUUAACAUAAUUUUCUGUACCUUUUCCAUAUUCUAGACUCGAAUUUUCCAAGAACAUUCUUGUGAUCAUCUUUAUUAGAUAGAGUAAUGAUUUAUAUUGAUUAUCAGUUCAAAUAAUCUCUGCCAUACCAUACAGUUAGAAGUCACCUAUAUACAGUCUCUGUUUCUGCUAAACAUUACCAUACCAUUUAAAUAUUCUUUAAACACCACCAUACCAUAAAGAUUCUAUUAGUUAAAAUAGGUCAUGAAUCUUUAUUUUUACUGAACAUUCCAAAAUUUAAUUUAUUCCUCGACAUUAACACAGAGUUAGGAAACUAGAGAUGUUACAUUAUUACCAUUAACAUUCACACCUAUAAUUAACCUGCUGAAUGUCUUAAAUGGACUUGUCCAAUUUUUGAAACUGUCCUAUGUCAACAUUUGGAACUGUCCAUCGUCAAUUUUGGGAAUAUCAAGAUGAAAAUUCAAUCUACCAACAGUAUAGACUCUGGUCAGACAGUAAUAGAGGCUGGCCUGGCACUAUACUGGUGGCAAAGGCUAUUUCUGUUCCAGGUGGGGAAAAGAGAUAGGUUGGUUGCAUGUGAAGUCAUACUUUUUUUAUACCCAUAAUGAAUUUCGGUAACUAUUUAUUAUUAAUAAUACUAUCUUUGAUACUUUAAUAACAGGAAAAUUGACUUGCAUAUCCUAAAAGUGUUAAGCCAGUCACCCUGCACAUACCUGAUAAGACUGUAUGUUUCCUGGAAAUUUUGCUGAAAAGAAAGUUCUUACAGUUUUCGUGGUACAUAAGUGUAUAAUGCUUGUUUAUGAAAGGGUCAAAGCAACUCUACUGUAACUUAUUGUACCUAAAGAAAAAAACUACCAUAAUUUUGUAGUAUACCCUUCAUUUAUAUUUAUUUUAAGUACCGUUGUCUUUCUUUAAGUCUGAAUAACCCACCCAAAAUAUGUUUAAAAUUGUAAAAAGUACAAUUUGCCCUUUGGAUAGAGGUAAAAUAAAAUGAAUUCAUACAUUCUGGGUUUGAACCCCAUGAGGCACUUUAGAUUUUUUCAUGUGAGGAAGCUAUUAUGCUAACUUGUUAGUUGUUCUUCUCAGGUUCCUUCCUACUAGUGCCUGAAAUAAUGCACGGAGGAAAUCUAGGGUCUUCCUCCACUAGUAAAGCUGGAAAUUUGAAAAAAAUUGUGCAACUUAAAAUCUAACAAUCAUUUUGGUAUGUAAAUAUGUUAAGAAUUUUUUGUUGUAAUAUCAAUAGCUUAGGAAAGGAAAAUUCACACAACACUAUUUUAAAGCUAUAAGAAUAAGUACAUUGUGCAUUGUAGUUGAAUAAGUUUUAUAAUUUUAUAGCCUAAGUUACAACUGUUGAUUUAACCUUUGUUAGAAAGGUACUGCUAUGAUUGUCCACAGGUUUUUCCUCUUGUAAACAUGAAUUCAAUGUAUACACAGAGACCCAUAUCCCGGGGAAUACGAGAGCGACUGACCUUUAGUUCAUCAAAGCAAAGCCCCUGUGUGUGAAAGAACCACCCUGUGGAAAAUUUCUAAAUACCCCAAAACUGACGCAUUGGUGUAGCAGUAUUGACUCCGAAACUAAAAACUUUUCCCAUUAUCUCACUCCACUUUCAUUUUCCUGGGAUGGGGUUCUAGGUAACAACUGUCAACAAAUGAAUUAAAUCCUGCAUUACAUAAUGUCAUCUUUUUCAUAGAAAAUAUAGCAUUGUUGGGUAGGGUAAAAUUUUUUUUACAUAAACAGGAAUUUCGGGAAAUUGUCAUGUCCGGUGUCCCGACAUUUUGUGUGUAGAGUGUUGUUAUAUUUAUGUAAAUAUGCCAUGUUAAUGUGUAAAAUACCUGUGUUAUAAAUAUGAAAGAUUCUGCCAACAUAUAUUGGGUUUUGUGACUUGCUAAUGAUUUAUUAUCUUGUUUUAUUUCUUGUUAAUAUGACUAAUGUACACUGGAACACUUUAGCAGUUUUAAAUAGCUCGUCUGAUUUUAUAAAAAUAAAGAUAUUAAGAUAU